GGGAGCGCCGUCCGCCAGUCCGGACGCAUUCGCGGUUCGCGAACCACUGUCCCGCGUGCUCGUUGUUCAGCCCGUCUGCGUGUUCUGGGUGACGGUGUGCCAAAUCUGCCAGUUUGCCAGGAUUGUGUUGUGUUGUGUCGUUGUGUUGUUGCGGGAUUUAUGUGAUUAAGAUGGCGUAACUGUCAUUCAAAAUGGCGGCCGUCUCGUCAGCUCACAUACAAGACGCGAUAAAAAUCCAAGAACACAGCGAUGAGGAAGCAUACUCACCCGCGACCCGGGACACGACCAGCCCCGAGCCGCAUGACGACGAUAAAUCCGAAGAUCGAAACAUACAUAGGUCCUCUUUCUCCAUACAUAAUGUGCUGAAGAAAGAGAGAGAUAGCAAUAGCCCAGACAAUGUGUUCUCAACAGAUAAACUGUUGCAGAACACGCCGAAUUAUGAAGAGAACAUUGAGAGAGCCACUGCGAGCUUGAGUCCAGUGGACGAGGAUACUAACGAUCGAGCCGAGAUCAGUGUGGACGACGAUAACUCCUGCUGCAGUGAUGACACGGUGCUGUCGGUCGGGAACGAGGCGCCGGUGUCCACGUACGAGGACAAGAGCCCUCAGGAGCACCAGGAGCUAACAUCCUUCAAACACAUACAGACGCAUCUGAACGCCAUCUCUCAGCUAAGCCAAAACAUAAACAUAAACCAGCCCUUACUUCUAAGGCCGAGUCCAAUCACACCAAACCCUCUGAUGUUUUUGAACCAACCCCUGCUUUUCCAAAAUCCCAUGUUGACGCAGGAUCUGAAAGGAAUGAAUCUCCAAAACCGUCCAAUCACGCAAACGAGUAUGACGGAACAAAGUUUUGGACUGAACUUUGGGUUACGAUCGAAGAGUCAAACCCAAGACCUUCGGAUGAGAGAUGACAAACGGUUUAAUUACCCAAAACCAGAGGAAUCGGGUAGAGAUUUCAUCAACCAGAACUGCUUGAAAUUUAGUAUUGAUAAUAUUUUGAAAGCGGAUUUUGGAAGAAGGAUCACGGAUCCUCUGCACAAGAGAAGAGUGAAGAGCCGGCAGUUUGAGACGAAGAGUUCUCCGGUGAAGGAACCAGUAAAGCUGGACGAGCCGAGGGUCCCGGAGGUGAAGCCUGGAGAGAAGGGAGCCGUAGACCUGUCCAAGGAAGACAGCGGGAGUAGUCAAGGUUCUACCGCCGGUGCCGCUGCAGGCGAGGGGUCGAUGGUGUGGCCUGCCUGGGUAUAUUGCACCAGGUACAGCGACCGACCUAGUUCCGGUAGAAGUCCACGGACGCGGAGGCCGAAGAAACCUCCCGGGGACGGCACGCCCACGGACGAGAAGCGACCGCGGACUGCCUUCUCUGGGCCACAGCUUGCGAGGCUAAAGCAUGAGUUCGCUGAGAACCGUUACCUGACGGAGCGGCGGCGGCAGGCGCUGGCGGCGGAGCUGGGGCUGGCGGAGGCGCAGAUCAAGAUCUGGUUCCAGAACAAGCGCGCCAAGAUCAAGAAGGCGUCCGGCCAGCGCAACCCGCUCGCGCUGCAGCUCAUGGCGCAGGGGCUCUACAACCACAGCACCAUACCCCUUACUAAAGAAGAGGAGGAACUGGAGAUGAAGGCCAGGGAGAGAGAGAGGGAGUUGCAGAAUAGGUGUUAGUUGCAUUUCAUUAAUAAUAAGACAGUGUAACAGUAUGGACUUCUAGGUUUCGUGACGUCACAAAGUUAGUGUAUUGAAAUAACAUGCAAUUUUUUUCACGUUUUCUUGAACAGCUUAGUAAAUUAAUUUUGAAAAUGAGAUCAGAUUUGUUGAAACGAAAUUGAAAUUUAUGUAUUUAUUUUUAAACCAACGCAUUCACUAGGCACUAGACACAAUAUUAUGUGACGCUCAACAUGUUUGGCAACUUGAACAGCGCUACUGGCGCACACAAACAUGAUUUGUAUAGUAAUAUAACUUACAAGUUGUCCAACGUUGCUAAACAUGUGCAAAUGUUGCUAGUGAACGCGCUUCGUGUAACAUUUGAUCUUCUAGAGUCACAAAAUUACGAUAUUUUCGCGAACUUCAGUGUUAGUCAAAUUACGUCCCACACGAUUUGUAAAAAGCUUUUUUCUUGUAAAUAAUUGUUAAUGGUAACAAAUUAGGAAUAAGUUAUUUAUUGUGCAAUGUAGCAGUAUUAUUUGUUUUGACUGGACGGCUGGCGUUGGAUGCAUUGAUUACUUAAAAGAUGAGAAAGAAAUGGCUUUUUCUAACAUUACCUUUUUCUGCUCGUAAUGUGAAUGAUAUUUUUUUCCCUCUGAUUGAUAUCAAUUUACAAUUUAAUAUUAUAUUAUGCACACAAAAAUAUUCUAUUAGGGUUUCUAAGUUAUAUGUAAAGCGGUCACUUCCUUACGUGUUAUUUGCAAGAAUAUCAUCUCUUGUAGUGUGGAGGAACGGUAGUCGUCCAGCCAAGCAAUCGGAAUAUGUAAGUAAGCAUUCAUAUUGAUGUUUAACCCGUCAUGACUUGUCAAAAUUUUAUUUUCAAAUAUGUACAGGUAGCUGAAUGUUUGCCGCCAAACAUUGACAGCUACGCGUGUAACGGAAAAAUAACCUUAUUAUGUAGUAUAUAAGGUUAUAAUCCCGUGACACACGCAAAUGUCAUGUAGCUGUCUUGGCUCGCCGGCGAGCCACGAGAGACCAAGAGUUAAAAAGCGCUGUCAAAUAAAGAGCAACUCACAAAAAACUAAAGCGUAUUUUUUUGUACAUGAUUUGGAUACCUUCUAAUUAAUAUUCCUUACAAUCAAAUAAAAUAUUACAAUAAAUCAUGAUAUCCAAUACAGUUUGUACGUUGAUGUAUAUAGUAAUUCAGUAUUUGAAAGCGAAUUUUAGUUUUAAUAUGAAUCAAAUGAAAUAUUGGGCACACUGUUUGUGUUUAAAGCCAAUGAUUAAAAGAAAGCAUGUAUUUCGAGGUCAUUAAAUAUGAAAAAUUUCAAUGGGUUACUACUAAAAAAUGUAAAUACAGACUCUUCAUUAUUGUUGAUUGUAAUGUCAGAGAAAACUUGACGAACGUCGCGGUUUUACACUUACAGUGUGACCAAUACCUUAGUCCUUGAGAGUGACAUUAGACUGAAAUUAAGAUUGAAUGCCAAAAACAAAAAGCAAAGACAAUAAAACAUAAACAAAAUACUGGAUAAAUAAGUGUUGAUUGUAUAUUAACCCGAAUAUUUUGUUAUGAUUUCGAUUUUAAUUUCAGAAUUCUGUCACACCUUUGUUUAGAACGUAGCGAUUUAUAGAAGAAAUUAUUAAAAAACAAAUUAAAGUUA